AACAGUGCCAUUUUUAGACGUUUACUGCUGACGUUUACAGCGGCUUCAAAUAGCUUCCGUUUCACUCUGGUAGUGAUUGGACUGUACUCACCCAGAGAGAGCCAACACACGGUGGGUGAACAAGUCCGACGAUCCACACUUCAAUGGAGGAACAGCCCAAAGAUCGGGCACAAGACAGGCAAUAUCACCACCACGGAGAGGACAGAAACUCUAUUCAACGUACAACCUGUCUAAACAAUGAUCAGAGCCACUUCCAGCGCCAGCAUCAGGAAACGCAGACGAAGAAAACAGGCAAUAAAAAAGUAAACAUCAGUGAAGAGGAGGGGGAAAAGAAUACACAUCUGUCUGAUACUGUUGGUAUGCCGCAUCCCCCCAACAGCAAUAGUAACAGACACACAAGUAAUACAAAUGUGAAGCAGAAGUCGACGCAAAAGCUGUACACAACUGUUCCAAAAGCGAGCAGCAAAGGGUUGGACCAUAAGAAGAAUAUGGACCUUAAAAAUGACAAGGAAAAGGCCUUGGAUUUGAAUCAUCAUGAGGGCCAACCUUUGGAUAAGAAAGACAAUGUGUUGCUUCAAAAUGGCGUUGAUUUUGGAAACUGUGGCUUAAUUACAAAUGGCUAUUCUAGCAAGGACAAUGAUGGCAGUGGCUCCGAAGGUGGAUAUACUACUCCCAAAAAACGCAAGGCCAGAUGUAACAACGUCAAGAACACUGAUAAUGUGAUAAGAGAAAAGGAGGCAGACAUGCAGCAGGGCAAAACUACACAGGAGCCUGGGGCUUUUAAUCUUGAGACAACUGAGAAGGGAGUGACUUCCAGACUUGAUGGCUUUAGAGCCACCCAUAAAGUGGAAGCUCAGUCAGCAGCUAGACGGGCUGUUGCCUCAGAGGUUUCAGUGGGUGAUUCGCAGAGGAAAAACUCUGAUGGAAAAACAGUUGGCAACUUUGGUAAAAAGACUGAGGAAAGGCACAAAGCCAAGCUUUCCUCACCUUCAAAAGAGGACUCAUGGACUUUGUUCAAGCCCCCUCCAGUAUUUCCUGUGGACAAUAGCAGUGCUAAAAUUGUUCCCAAGAUCAGUUAUGCAAGUAAAGUAAAAGAGAACCUCAACAAAGUAGCUCAAGGUGGAGGAGAGGCACUGCCUCCACCUGUGAGACUGACACAGGUCCCUAUGUCUGCUAUGAAAACUAUCACCUCAGCUAGCUUUACUAAUGGUCCUGUUUCUGGAAAUGGAAACGGCUGCCCUUCAGUGGGUACCUUCUUUGCUCCUGCUGCUAGUAGUAUUCCACCAGCCCAAUCUAUCCCAAGUGGCGAGAAUGUAGCAUCUCCUUUGGAAAGUAACUGUAGCUCUACAACCAGUAACGUAGACGGAGAAGAAUAUGAGCAUAGAAAGUGUACUCUUUUAAUUUACCCUUUAAAUAUGCAACCUGUGCUCCCUAGUGCUCGUCACCUUGACCCACCGGCUGCUCAGACAAAUCAGAAAGCCUUGGUAGACAUCUUCCAGAAUCCGUGGGGGCUUUCCUUCAUCAAUGAGCCCAACCUGCGGCCAGAGGGAGGAAGUGGGCAGGUGCCUGCAGAGGACAAGACUACUGUGGUCACACCUCAAAGCGAGUGUCCGGCUAUUGCAGCAAAGGCUGCCCAGACCUGCUUUGAAGCUAGCCCAUCAUUCUUACAGCCAGGCACGUUGGCUCAAGACCCCGAGAAAAGGACUUGCAGCCCUUGCGAUGGGUCUAACGCUUGUUCUCCUGCUUGUGUGAUGAGCGAGGAGGAGAACAAGCUGCAGCCAUGUGGCCAAGAAAAGACAAAAGUUGCGUCUAAGAGUGCAGGUUCCGCUGUGUCAGUCCCCAGUAAAGACAACGGUGCUAAGCCUGCACAGGGCCAGAUAACCACAGUGUUGUUUGGCUCAUCUAAAGAACAAGCCCACUCUAAAGACAUUGGCAGAAGGUGUAGCUUGGGGACCUUCGAUGUUAAAGCUGCUGUCACUUAUCACACUAAAGAAAUGGAAUUCAUUUUCAACUUGCAAAAACAAGAUCCAAAAAGAGUAGUGGUUUAUGAUGUGACCAAGGAUGGACCUGAUCAGUGAGGUAGAUGGUCUACAGUACUUACCUACUUCUCUUCUGGGUGCUGCGGUUAUCUGCCUUGGAAAUCAUAAAUCCUGUUGUGGAUAGAUAAAAGUGACAACUGUGAAAACAUUGAUAGUUUAGCAUGACAGAUUUUCCUUGGAAUCUCGGGUGGAAUAACGGACUUCAUUUGGGGGCAUCAGACAAACAAACACACACACACACACACACUAAACACACUACGGAGGGAUGUUAAAGGAGUGGAUCGGUGCCUCUUCAAUGUGAUGAAUGGACACUUGCAACUUUUGGGCUGUGACAGUCGUUGGUCUCACGGCUCUGUAGGGAUGACGUUCGGGGAGUUCAACAAAAAAGGAAGGUGUCAUGGACUGCACCUCCUAAGCCUUUAUCCUGUUGAACUGUGGCAGCCGUCGGUCUGACUAUGGGAUGCCUCAGUCAUUUUCUUUCUUCACACGUUCAAAUGAGUUCAUUGUAGAUAUGUUAGACGUUAUACAUACACAUCUGUGUGCAAGCUUGAAUUCAUCGUGAACGAAAGGAGAACACACUUUGAAAAGAAUGCCUUGAAGUCAUGGAAUAAAGAUCCCUGGAGUCCUGUUAAACUGUAAACUGAGUGGAAGCUUGUAGGUAAAUCACCUCCACCACCCCCCCCCCCCCAAAUCCAGGAAAGGAGAACCUCGUCUUAAAUCCGUAGGGGGGGGAGAAAAAAAAUCAAGAGCCCAGAAAUUAAACGCUUGCUUGUUUUCUUUUUAUACUGUUUUUGUCUGAGCUAAUGCGAGUGUUAUCUGCACUGCAGUAUGACCCCAGAGCACAGGUACAGAAGUGCCCAAUCUGAAGGAAAGCCACGCCCCUUCAUUACAUAGUAAAUUACAGGUGUGUGUGUGAAAGAUUUUAAAACCAGGUCUCCUCCGUUAAAGGCAAAACCUUUUAAUCUCAAAAAGCUUUUUGUGCAUUUCAUGUAGAAGUCAGCACAGACUAUUCUUAAGUUCAGAUUCAUUUACACUAAUACGUGAAUCCUAUGUUUAGGAGUAAACUGAGUGAUUUCAUUGUUAAGCAAGAGACAUUGCUUCCAAUAAGGUCUUCUGCGUUGCGUGCUCUUUGUUCAGCAGCAAGACUACCAAGAUGUCCGUACAGAUUUAUUUUGCUUGCAUUUCUGUUGAAAGAAGAAAAAAAAAAAAAGGUUAAAAUCCUCUUGUCAAAGUAACACGUGUCACAUUUUUUUACAACUUUUUUUGUUUUUUCGAUUGAGCAUUUGGUCUUUUUACUUUUCUGUCUUACGGCAUUGUGUUUCUUGCAUGUUUACUGGUGGGAAACGGAUGAGUCAGAGGUCACUGUUCAUCGCCACAACAAAGAUAACAGUAACAAAACAAUCGCAAUACUAAUCUAGGGUCCCCCAGAACUAGCCACUUUGUCAAACUGUGUUGAAAUGUGAAGAUGAGUUGUUCUAUUGUUUGUAUUGUGGGUAACAUUUUUGCAAAUCAGUGUGCAAUAACACUGUGUGAUCCAUACAGUGUGUGAAAUGGGUUAUAUGGAGCUAAAAGAAAAAAAAAGAAAAAAAAAUCAUCACCUAAGAUGCUGGUGCAGCCUGCACUUCAUUUCUUCAUUCAAAGUGUUAAAGGCGUGUUUUACUGUUUGUUGCACAAAAUCCCCCCUCUCCCACACUUUUUUUUUUUUUUUUUUUGGCAAGCUUUCACGUGGUCGGUGCAAACGAGCUCACGGCGAAAGUUCUAAUUAAAUGUCUAGGGAGCCCAAAUUUAGCCAACUGCUAACUGGCCAGCUGUGACAUCACUUUCUUUACCAUCUCCAAAUCAGGAUUGGUUUAUUCAACAUAACAAAGGAAACUCACAGGUUUCCUUCCUCCUAGAAGAUAUUAUUUGGUUAAUGUGUGGAUUAACAGCACUUUAUGUAAACUAAUUGCUUUUAUCUUUUAAUUACUAGAGAGAUCUAUAUGUACUGACAAGAAAUACUCCUUGAAAGAAUGGCUCUGGGCUGUUACUUUUCAGAAAAAAAUAAGUUGAUAAAUACAGAAUUAUUAAAUGUAACUCAGGUAGUGUUGAUAAAGCCAUGACUAUGUUAAAUAUUGUUUUUUUUCUCGUUUUUUUUGCCAAACGGCCCCUGUCAUGUAAUGUUCUCUAAUUGGAAUUGGAGUCUUAUUAUAGAGUCUCAUAUAUGUUUGUGACAAAACACCAAAUAAUUAGUUUUUAGGAAGCUGUUGUGGCAUGCAAGGUGCUGUCAUUGAUCAUUUUGGGCUCUAAGCAUAUGACAUUUCCUGUUUAUUUUCUCCCUUUCUUUCUUUUCUUUUUUUGUCUUUUUUUAAUAAGCACGUUGCUCCAUGCGCUGUUUUUCUAUGUAUGCUAGACUGUAACCUUGUUGCAAUCUGUAAAUGGUUAAUUUUCUCCCCCCCAUCCCCACCCCUCAUGUGUUCACAGUGAAGCACCCCCUUGAUUUAUAAUUUCAGAGCAUCAGCGGUGUUUCUGUGGGGUAGCUACAAUCCGGGUAUGAGCUUUUUUCAAGUACACUUCUUUUCACUGUGUCCUGAUUAGGCAGCGCUGCAGUGUGCACUCGUACGCGGAGAGGGAAAAACGUAACUGCAGCUUUUUUUUUUCUUCAUUGUUCAAGUUGUCUUGACAUUUUAACCUUCUGUGUCUAAUCUCAGUCAGCUCUCUGGUGUUUUAAAAAAAAAAAUGUUUUAAAUGCUUUGUUUUGGCUUCCAUUGUACGCCGUGUGAUGGAUGAGUGGAUCAUCAGAUGCUGCCCUCUGAAUGAGAACAGUCGUGCUGUAUCUGGUCGAUGAGGAAGCAAAGUUGUUCGAGGGGAUAUUAGACUGAUGUUUUGUGUGUGUGUGAGAGAGAGCUCGUAGAAAUUGACAUUUAAUCGGGCAUAAAGUUUCAUUAAAAACUUUCAAUUUAAUUUCUUCCAAUUGCCCAUAAUCCAUAGACAAAGUGGCAUAAUCAGGUUCCCAUAUGGUUAAUGCCAAAUUAAGGCUGAAAGCGUCAUCAGCAGGCAGUGAUGCAUCUUUAGGCUUCUAAAUGUAAAACAGGGUGAUCAAAAUGAGUAGUAAGAGAUGUUACUGUAGUCUUAUGAUGAAUACCUUUUUUGUCUUUGUUUUUUCUUUUUUAAAUUUUGUCUUGUAUUAUUAAGAGGAUGGUCCUGGUACAGGGAAACGAGAUCUAUCCUCCCACCCCAAGGCUCCUCUUUUUCAAGCACUUAAUACAGCAAAAAGGCUAUGUUGAAUAUGCAUUUAUAAAGAGUAAAACUAUUAGUGUUGUAGCCUGCAAACCAAAAACAGGUUCUUGAAGCUGAGUAUAUGGUUAAUCAGUGAUUUUUUGCGGGGGUGGGAAGGGAAGGGGGAGGGGAGGGUUUGAGUGACUGACUUGUCGGUGCGCUUUGCGUUUUUGAGAAAGAAAAGCCUGAUCACGUGGAGGUUUAUUCUCCACCCCUCAGGAUGUGCAAUCACCUCAAGGAUGCUGACGCAGGCUUCCAGGCUGCGAGUGACGAGUCGGGCCCUCGUCGUUUUUUUUUUUGCGGGUGCGUGUGUGUGUGCAUAGCGAGUUCUUCCUAUUAUAUGCAAGUUCCUUGUAUAUUUCAACCCCCCCCCUCCUUUUGUUGUUUCAUGUUCAGGUGCCUGUGUGAGGAAAAACAAACAAACUUUUACAGCAAUUUUGAUUGUUUAAAAUCUGCUUCCAGCAUAUAUCCGUGCCAUUUUUGUUCUUUCUUUCGUUCCUUUUUUUUUGUUUUUUUUGUAACAUUUGCAAUGCUGUACAAGUUUUUUACAGCUAAUCCUAAUUUCUUCUGUUUUUAAGCGACAUGGAUGCAGCUGAAAGCGAUGAACAUUUUCUGUUUUUUCUUUUCUUUUUUCAGUAGGUUUUGAAAUUUUCAUCGGCUCGUGUAAAGAAAUGUGUGACCUAAAGCCAAAAUCAGUUUGAAUGGGACGGACGACAACUGCUUGCUGGUUUAUAAACUGAUGGCAGUCCAUUGUCAAGUGUAAUGUCUGAAGUAGCACAUAAUUAAUUUGAACUGAUUUAACAAAUUAAUAUUUUAACAUGUUUAAAAAAAAAAAAAAAGACAUUUUUAUUUUUUGAAUCAUAACCUAAUUUAUCCAUAGUGCACACGUUAGGAUGAGACUAAAAGGAAUAAAUGAUACAGAGAAUCAUCGAUGUCUCCACUUUUUUUUGAGUUUUAGAUGAUUUAGUUAAUUGAUUAAGGCUGAUGUAGACCCUCCCC